AUGGACACCCUCUACAUUCGAAACUUGAAUGAAAAACUGGGUGUACAGAAGCUUAGAGCUGAGCUGAUAGCUAUUUUUGCAAGAUUUGGUACGGUUUCCGGUAUACAAGCACGUAAAACUUUGCGGCUGAAAGGACAAGCGUUUAUUUCAUUCGAACUUGCCGCCCAUGCUGAAGCUGCCCGGGAAGCAUUAAACGGCCAAACGUUUCUAGGCAAACCCCUAGACGUUCAAUUUGCCAAGAAUAGCUUAAGGGUAACAAUUGAAGGUGAAAAAGCUGCACACCCAUCUUCCCAAGGGCAUACAAAUGAGAAACACCGUUCGAAGCGUAGGUCGGAAAGCCUUCAUACGUCUCAAUCGAAGCGGCUCAAAGCAACGGAAAAGCCUAAUAAAAUUCUGUUUGUUGAGAAUCUAGCCGAAUCUAUAUCUCAGGAGGUAUUCUCGAGUGCAUUUAAUGAGCUUCCGGGAUUUGUAGAAGCCCGUUUGGUGGCUGCUCGCGCGGUUGGUUUUGUUGAGUUUCUAACAGUUGAAGACGCGAUUGCUGCCAUCAAAAAACCUCUCAUUUUCGGUGAGAAAUCAGCUCAUGUGUCUUUUGCUAAGCACUAG